CAUACAACAUAUACGAACAGUGUGUGUUUGAAAGAAUUCAGGAAUUCUGAUCUGGGGUGUAUUUGAGAGUUACUUCACGUAGGAUGACGAGGAUGUCACAUCUGGCUACCGAAUUGAUUCCACCAUCUUUAUCACCGACAAUAUCUUCUGUUUCAUCGUCGGAUAUAGAUACUGGAUCAACCGGGUCGUUCUUCCAUGAGCGUAGCACCAGCUUAGGAGCUUUAAUGGGCUUAAGGAUGGCGCCUCUUCCCCCCAUCACCUUUAGGACACCUCCGAACUGCCGAGAAGUCGCACCCACUAUCAAUCUUAGAUCAACUCUUCAUAGGAGUUUUGUAGGAAGAAGGAGGAGGAAGAUGGACAUGGCACCAGCUUUGGGGGCAGAACGUAGGAAGAAAAGGGUUAGGAGAAACUGGUGGUGGUUAUGUAGGGGCGAGGCUUUAAAGCCAUCUUCACUUGGAGAGUUUCUGGAGUUUGAACGGAGGUUUGGGGUUGACGCACUUUUUAGUGAUGCAAUGAUGGAUUUAAACUUGGAUAAUCAUCACCGGAAUGGUAGCAGGGUGUUAUUUGCUAAUGGGAGGGUAUUACCUCCACCUCUAGUCUCUGACGUUAAUGAAGGGAGUCACUGUCGUUGUUCAUUUUGUAGAGUUCCAGUUCUGCUGGCAGGAAUCUGUGGUGGUGCAAGAUAGUUUAGCAUGUAACAUCUUUAGUUACUUUAUUGGUUAGAGUAAGGGAGCUUGGGAAUUGGUAUAGCAUCUGCAUCCACUUGUAUGUAUAUAUGAAAUUUGAAACAUGUAAUUUUCUCAAUAAAAGGACUAGAAAGUGUUAGGUUACUUCUUGUUUGAGUUCUGUUUACAGCUAGCAUACACAAUAACACAACUUUCUUUCAGCAAGUCAUGUAUUUGAUC